GUCGUGAUGGUUCCGUUUUUCACCUGGUUUCUGUCGAAGCGAGCGCGAUAUACGCUCGCCCGUGCGAGCUGGUGAUUCGUCCGGUGAUUGGCGGACGUGUCGACACAGUGCAAUGGCCCAUGGAUAAGCCGGAUUCAAGGAAUACGACGCCAGGACAUCAGUCAGUGCGCAGAAUGUUCGCGUUAGGCCCGGGGUAAGAAGGCGAGUCCGAACGUAAGGGACUAGUGACGAUGGACCCGCACGAAGGGUGGCCCGCGUUAGAGACGAGGUACGUGGCAUCGAUCGUGGCUCGCGUAAGGAUGCAGUGAUCGGGGUGAUCGACCAGUGGAUCGACGGGAGGACGAUGCAUCACUCUGGAGGUGCUGGUUACGGGACCGGGCCCCAGGAGCGGGUGCACCAGGCACCGCGAGCCGCCGGCCAACCCGACAAGUGCCCCUACGACGCCUACCAGGCCCAGAUACCGGACUGCUGCGCAGCCGCUGCCGCGCAGGACCCGUAUCCGCGCCCGCCGAGCGGAUACGACGGCAGGUGUUACGACGACUGCCACCGCAGGACGCCCUACCAAGAGGACGCCUAUUCUCAGGAUGUUCCUCCGACCUUUCAUCGGUCUCAGUCCAGGCUGGGGUACGAGGAGCGUCCCCAAUCCCGCGUGGGAUACACCUCGGACUCCCGGUGCGCCAGUGGGCUCGGUUACGACGACACUGGCGGCGGUUAUUUGGACCAGAGCGACCCGAGGAUGUAUUGCACCAGCGGCUAUUGCAUGGGAGACACCAUGAUGGCCGCCAACAGGGGUGUCUGCGGCGAGGAGGUCGAGCUGGACAUGCGGAGGCACAUCCAGGCCUGCGCCUGUACCUGCAACCACAUGGGCUACGGGAAUUAUAUGGACUAUCAGACUACGUGCCUAACAGAACUGCCAGACGUUGCGCCGUGCAACGGAACGGUGCGACUUCCGCCGCCAUGCGAGGAUUCCCCGAGCAGCGGCAGCAGCAAAGAUCGCAGGGAGGAGAGUCCUCGAAGGAGGUGCCGAGUAUUGGCGCCCAUUUUGCUUCUGAUUGGCGCUCUGCUCCUCGGAGGACUCUGUCUGCCGUUGCUUCUACAAUCCGCGCCUGUUACGCAUCAGCAGAGGCUGGACGUCAUCAGGAGGAUUCUCACUGAAGUGCCUCUGAUCGACGGGCACAACGAUUUGCCCUGGAAUGUCAGAAAGUUCGUACACAAUCAACUCGGUGAGGUCAAUUUGAGCAGCGACCUCGGGAGGGUUGACCCUUGGGCCGGGUCAGUCUGGAGUCACACAGACAUUCCUAGAUUGCGUGCUGGUCUCGUCGGUGCACAGUUUUGGUCCGCCUACGUUCCCUGCGGCGCGGCCCAGCUGAACGCGGUCCAACUUUCUUUGGAACAGAUCGACGUGAUUCGUCGGCUGGCCGAGAUGAAUGCUCAACAUUUAACCUUGGUUACCUCCGUCAAAGGUCUCAUCGAGGCUCAUCGAGAAGGUAAAAUCGCUAGUUUGAUCGGCGUCGAAGGUGGCCACUCACUGGGAAAUUCCCUAGGCGUUCUUAGGACUUUUUACGGCCUGGGGGCCAGAUACUUAACCCUGACGCAUGCGUGCGACACUUCCUGGGCAGUCUGUUCAGUUGGCGAGAUGAACAGUACCCAGAACUCGACGCCCGGGCUCAGCGAAUUUGGAAAGGCAGUCGUCAGGGAAUUGAACAGAUUGGGGAUGUUAGUGGAUCUUUCUCAUGUUUCGACGAGAACCAUGAGGGCUGCUCUACAAACGACGAGGGCGCCGGUGAUUUUCUCUCACAGCGCCGCCAGGGCAUUGUGUAAUUCCACUAGAAACGUGCCAGACGACGUACUUAGGAAUCUGGCUAAAAAUGGUGGAGUGGCGAUGGUUCCGUUUUAUACCUACUUCAUAACUUGCAACAACACCGCCACCAUAAAAGACGUUAUUGCACACAUCAAUCACAUCCGGAAGGUGGCUGGGAUCGAUCAUGUUGGAAUUGGAGCUGGCUUCGACGGGAUAAAUUUUACUCCUACUGGUUUGGAGGACGUUUCGAGGUAUCCUCAGUUGUUGGCCACCCUGCUGGAAGAUCCAACAUGGACGGAGGAAGAUAUUAAAAAGUUGGCUGGCCUCAAUUUACUGAGGGUAUUCGCUAAAGUCGAGCAGGUUCGCGACGAAUGGCAUAGAGCAGCCGUAUUGCCAGUGGAAAAAAUCAGUCCACCAGACAAUUCUGCCUGCGUCUAUGGGACAUCUUGAUCUUCUUUGAGGACACUCGCAUCAGAAUUCCUCGAUUAUGCUAGAUCGUCUAAGAUUCGAAGCGUCCCACGAUAACUAUAGGACCCUAUAAACGUAUGGACUGAAAAAAUCAACCGAAAAGAAAAAAAAACACUUUUUCCUCGACGAAGAAUCUUUUCCACUUUUCUGCAAAGUUCGAUCGCGAUUUAUCGAUCGAAA